AUGGCGGUGCCUGGCCAUGUGACCCAUCCAAAAGUGGUGGCGCCCUAUCACGUGGCCCUUCUGAACAUGGCAGCGCCCUGUCACAUGGCAGAGUGUUGCAACAUGACGACUGUUCCUGGCACAAGCUGGAACAAUCACAACCAUGUUUUUGCAGAUGUGGAAACAGCAAACCUAGGUGAAAGGACCUGCCAGUAUUACUCCGGAAAUCACUGCCAGAGCAAGAGAGAACUCACAGACCGUGCAUCUGAAGGGAGCUCAGUACGGGAAGGAAAAGAGAAGGCACAAGUUUUAUCCAACAGUCACUUUGGUGUCACAGAGUUACACUGUGGCUGCUGGGGGCGCUGUAAAAUGGUACAAUCACUGCAGAAACUGGUAGGAAGUUACCUCAAAGUUUUAAAAAUAGAAUUACCAGUUGGUGGCCGCAGCGACUUCAGUGGCUCCCCUUGCUGGAUGGUGCUGGAAGCAGCGGCAGCCAUAGUGGUAGCAGAGGUCUUUUGGCGGCUUCGCCAUUCUGUUCAAAGCAGUAUUCAGCCAUUUCGAGAGAAGUUUUUUAGUUUUUCUCUGACACAUCAACAAAUUAGGGAGAUAUGCAUAUUUAGGGACUUUUUGCCAGAUGGUCAGAGAGAUUAUGUAGUUCAAGUUCAGCUGAGACUUUGCCUGGCAAGGACAAGCUGUCUUCAAGAAGAUAACUCUCCUAAUAUUCUGUGUAUAAAAGUAAAUGAACUGUUUCUUUUGCCUGGCUAUGUACCACCACCUAAAAACGGGAUUAAGCAGAAGCGCCCUGGGUGCCCCUUGAAUAUUACAUCUUUAAUUAGGUUGUCUUCAGCUGUGCCAAAUCAGAUUGCUAUUUCUUGGGCAUCCGAAAUUGGAAAGAAUUAUUCCAUGUCUGUGUAUCUUGUAAGACAACUGACAUCAGCAUUACAGAGAUUAAAAAUGAAAGGUAUUAGAAACCUUGAUCAUUCCAGAGCACUAAUUAAAGAAAAACUUACUGCAGAUCCUGAUAGUGAAAUUGCUACAAGUCUUUGUGUGUCCUUGAUGUGUCCUCUAGGAAAAGUGAGACUAACAAUCCCAUGCCAUGCAGUGACAUGUACAUAUCUGCAGUGUUUUGAUGCUGAUAUUUAUCUACAAAUGAAUGAAAAGAAGCCCACCUGGAUUUGUCCUGUGUGUGACAAAAAAGCUGCCUAUGAAAGUCUAAUAUUAGGUGGACUUUCUAUGGAAAUUCUCAGUGAGUGUUCUGAUGUGGAUGAGAUCAACUUCCAAGAAGACAUUUCUUGGUAUCCAAUGAGGCUGAAGAAAGAAGCUAUGAAAACAUCCAGCCAACCAUGUGCAAAAAUAUAAAGUUCAAGUGUCCUCAGUAAGCCUUGUUCAGUGACUGUAGCCAGUGGCAAGAAGAAAGUGGACAUUACUGACCUAACAAUAGAAAGUUCUUCUGAUGAAGAGGAAGACCCUCCUGCCAAAAGGAAAUGCAUUUUUAUGUCAGAAACACAAAGCAGCCCAACCAAAGGGGUUCUUGUGUAUCAGCUAUCUUCUAUAAGGGUGCCCAGUGUGACUUCAGCUGAUCCUGCUGCUAUUUUGCCUUCAUUAACAGACUACUCCAUGCCAUUCCACCACACACUAAUAUCAAGCAUGUCACCAGAUUUUCCAGGUUUGGAUUUUCUUUCCCUUAUUCAAGUUGAUCGCCAGUACUAUCCUCCUAUGUUUUCGGAUAGUCUCACCGUACCCUUAACAGCAAGAAGUACGUGUCUCACCACCACCAGUCCCCAUGAAAGCAGUACUCAUGUUAGUUCAUCCAGAAGCAGCAGUGAGACAGGGCUCAUAACCAGCAGUGGAAGUAGCAGUGGAAGUAUUUUGGUGGGGAUUCAAUAUUUAUUGAAACAUCAGAUGGAUUCUUUUGCUUUCUGA